CAAAGGCUGGGGCAGUGGGGAUGGAGAAGCUGGGGUUCUACUCCAGUCUGAAUGUAGGGGUAGAUCCGGAGAGCUGAGGGUGGGGAGGGGCUCCAGAAGGAAGGCGAAGGAGAACUAGGACCUUGAACCAUUCACUUCAAUUCCUGCGUGUUCCUCUGUAAAAUGAAGAUAACAACACCCGCUUCUGGGAGUUGUAAGUAAAUGGUAUGUAAAUGUUCAGCGCUGCACCAGGCACCACCUGAGGGGCACCAUAAAGGCUGGCUAUGAUCUUCCACGUUGUUCUUAUGGUAGUGGUGGCUGUUCCUGGGCUGAGAGCAGCAGAGGGGCUGCCACACUGCAUACUCACCCAGGGAUGGGCGGCUGGUGGGCAGAGGGAGGGGCAGCCCAGCUGGGCCGACGGAGAAUGGAGACACUCCUGGCACCUGCAACUGCAGGUUGCAAGGGACUCCUCUCCCCCGCACUUCCGUCCUGUUGCGCCCAGGACGGCAAUGGCACUGAGGACAAGGACCCGGACCACGCCCGUCUCUGCCCGUCCUGCGUCAGCAUUUGUGCCUCAGAAUCCAGGGCAACCUUUUCCUAGACGGGAAAACCAAACUCGGUGAGACUUGGGCCAGACAAGACUCUUGCCCCACAUCACCCGAGCCCAGAGUAGCCAACGGACGGCCCUCUCUUAAGUCCCCUCUCCCUCUGUGAGCAAGCCUGUGGCAUCUCUGGUCCGUUGCUUGCAACGGGCAGUGGGUAGUUCCCCCUUAGAAACAAACCCAAUUCCUCUUGCUGCAGCGCAACCUACUUCCUUUAAUUCUGGCUUCAGUGGGACUGAUAAACCCAGUCCCCUGCCUCCCGCCCGGGAGAGAAAGAGGCGGACCCUUCCUAACUACUGUCCUCCCUGCCAUGGCGUAGUCUUCGUGCUCUUAAGGGAUGGGCAGCUGUGCCCUCUCCUCCCGCGCGGCGGCGCUCGCAGUGUGCGCUCCAGUGAAACCAGUGGAGACGGGCUGAGCCGGCUGGGUACCCGAAGCUGAGCGCGGGCUCCCCUAACAAGCUCUGGGACCUGCGCAAGCGACUGCACCACCUCAUCUGUAAAAUGGACUUUACUGUCGUGUCAGCCCCUCAGAGGGGCUGAUGCUUUAGUGGGCGAAGUGUGCACAGCGCUCAGCCUGACACACUGGAGAUGCCCAAUACUUGGGAAACAGCAGCCACUGCUCGAGGACGCCGGCCCGCUCAGCGUGUAUCCACGUUUAUAAAACGGGGGCGCUAGUUCCCUCCUCGUUUGAAUUUCAAACGAGAAAAGGCGCGUCAAAAUGCUUUUGAAGGCGGAAAGGACCCUCGCGCACGACGGGAUCUGUCAGCCCCAGCCGGGGUCUCAAGGCCCGAUCCAACCUGGCCUCGGACGGCUCGGAAGAACCGCUGCGACGCCUGCGCCUGCCUAUACAACUCUCUGCAGCUACACGUGGCCAAGCCGGGGGGACUAUCCAGCGCUCCCAGCCCGCAACUCCCUGCAAGCUACGUGAGGGGGCGGGGCCUUCCGCGGAGGGGCGGGGCGCUUGGCUCCCAAGUUCUUCAGAAAAGCAACUCCCGCCUCCCUCAUGCUAUGUCUUCAGCCAUUCUGUGUUCUAGCGGCUCCUGAUACCUGAUUCCCACCUCUUCAGUACCCCCUCAGCUGUCCAUCUGGCUGGAACACACCAGCCCAGGCUGAGCUUCGUGGGUAGAUGGGCUCUCUGGCUUUAGCAACUGCUACGUCUCCACCCUCUGCCCCAGCCUAGAAAUUAGACCCUGUAAUCCCAUUGUGUUAGGUCUGACCCCUGCUCUGCUCACCGAUUCCUAGGCAGUGCGUCCUACCACUCGUACUUCUCCAACACACAGAGACAUGAAUGGCAAGACAGCUGCCUGGGGAGGGUGGACCUGGGACCUUAUGGGGAGGAAGCUGAUGUCAGGAUCCUCUCAGGCAGGUGGCAGUCAAUGGGGAGCAGAAAGCCAUAGCCUGUCUGCUGGCCGGAGUCUGCGCUACAGGCUUCCCACUGCGUGAAGGAGAGAAGACAGAGCUCAGCCCUCUUCUGCUGCUGGGGCAUCAGGAGGGAAUUCUGGGACUGCCCUGCAGCCCUCCCUCUGUUCAUCUGCCUAGGACCCCUUUGCACUGCCCGGGUAUCAGGUGCCUGAGGCACACCCCAACCCUCACCGAUUGCUGCACUCAUCCUAGGCCUCCUGGCGAUGCUGGCACAGGCACCAACCCUUACACCUUGUAUGAGAAUACUUUGGGGAGACGGUGGCCAUCGACUUUGGCUAGCUGGGCUGCUUCUCUAUCUGGCAACUGUGUUCUUCAGCAUCUUCAUGUCCUUCUGAGCCCUUCUGAGCCACAGCCUUCCUGCAGCACUGGAAGGGCAAGAGCAUCCCCUUGGCCCACCACUAGGACCUCAGUGGCUUCCAGGAAGAGGAAGUGAUGCCCAGCGCAGCCUGCCAGGUCCGGAACUCCACUUCCCAGAAUUCUCAGAAACCACAAGGCAUGCUGGGAAGAGCCCAGACCAGAGACCAUCAUUCCAGGUUCCCCUGCGAGUCUUGGAGGCCAGAGGCUGAGCAGGGGAACCUCACCCUCUUCUACUGGAAGCUACUGGCCCUGCGUCUGGGCUUCAUCGUCGCCUUCGAGCACGUGGUGUUCGUGCGCCUCCUCGUCUGGCUCGUGCCCGACGUUCCAGCCGCCCUGGUGACCAAAAUAAAGCGCGAGCGCUGUCUGGUCGUGCAGGAGCCUGCGGACAACCGGGAGCAGGGGCACUGUCCCCAGAGCCCGGGACCCGGGGCGAGUGAGGCGGAACGGUCUUUCAAGAAUCCUGGGCUCUCCUGAUGCUUCCUUCCCCUUGGGGGGGGGGGGUCUUCUGCCUCUGGCAGGGGGUCUGGGCAGUACCUUGGCCAGCGGCCCCAACGUCGGCCUCUGAACUGGACUGUGAGGAUUAAAGCUCUCUGAAGACCGCUAGUCUCGCAUUGCCUCCCUCUCCCUGUCGCAGUCUCCUUUUCCACGUGCAGUGCUGGCAACAAACCUCUCUGCCCCCCAGGGUGCCGCCUCUCCACGGACACUUGGUUUACACACACACGCUGUGCAGUGUCUCUUCAUCAUGUCUGCGUGCUCUAGAGAUCGAGGGAGUGGAGGGACGCUAAUCACUCAGUACUGAAUGGUCACCCGUUGGUAGGGGAUCUGGGCCCUGGACACCUGCCCCAUAUGCUCAAGAAGGCCUGCAGUGUAUGAGUAAUAGUAAGAGGGUUUAAGUUAGGGGAGCUGAAACACCUCCCAAUGGACGUUUACACACUUUUCACCAGAUCUUCCCAAAAGCCUGGUCACGUGGUCCUGGGCUGUGGCUUAGGACAGAGGUUGGUGGCUGAGUCAAAGACCUGGGCUUGAGUAUGAGUUCUGACACCUAUUGGCUGUAUGAACUUGAGCAAGUGAUUUAAUCCUUUGGGCCUUAGUUUCAUAUCUAUAAAAUAGAGACUUCAUAGAGCUGAUGAGAGAUUGAAUGGGAUAAUCCCCCCUGAUUUAACAUGUACUUGUGGGAGCAAUAACAGGGUCGUGGCCAAGAGUAAAUGAAUACAGUAUA